UUAUUAUUGUGUUUUCUAUGUGUUUUACCUUUUCUCAAUUGAAGGCCUUAUUUGGAAUUCAGCAACAUCGUCUUCGUUGGACUUGACAAUUCGACUGUUGGCUACUUCGCUGGAAUCGUCCAUUUUCAUGAAGAUAUUGCAGUAUUCGUACCUUCCAUUUAUAUAUUUCUCAUUAUCAAUUAUGGUGGUGAAAUUAUGCUCAAUUGCAAUAAGAUGUUACUCAAAGCUUGCCCCAAUCAGCAAAGUUCUUGCUCGUCAGCCAGUUCCAAAACUCGAUGAAACGUUGAGAAAAUAUUUAAGAUCCGUUCAGCCGUUUUUAUCUAAUAAAGAACUCACCAACACAGAAAAUCUUAUUCAAGAAUUCCUGCGAGAUGGCGGAGUGGGACCUAAAUUACAAAGAUACUUGGAAGAUCGGACGAGGAAACAAGAAAACUGGCUUUCAGAAUGGUGGUUGAAUACCGCAUAUUUAGAAUUCAGAGAACCCGUAGUAGUAUGGUCAAGUCCUGGAUUAGUUUUUCCAUUGAGAAAGUUCAACCUGGAGGCAGAUCAGUUGAUGUAUGCAGCUAACAUGAUUAAGGCAGCUUUGUCCUAUAAAUCUAUCAUUGAUCAGAAUCAAAUACCUCAAGAAACGAUCGGAAAUGAUCCUCUAGAUAUGAAUCAGUAUAACAAAAUUUUUGGCACUUGUCGAAUUCCACGACCGAAUCGAGAUCAAUUAGUGUACAAUAAAGAUUCGAAACAUAUAAUCAUCAUUCACAAUAAUACCUUCUUCAAAUUAAAUACUUUCUACGAAGAUGGACAGCCUCUAACCAUUGAAGAUUUAUACGAUAAUUUAUUAGCUAUUGUGGAGAGUUCGACUGAAAAAAGUAUUCCAAUUGGUAUUCUUACAUCAGAAAACAGAGACGUUUGGGCCCAAAGUUACCAAAUCUUAGAAGAAGACGAUCAUAAUAAACAAAUAUUAAACGAUAUCCAUUCAAGCUCAUUCGUGUUAUGUUUGGAUUCUUCUUGCGAUUUGUCGAAUAUCAGUCCUCAAACGAAAGCAGCUAGACAAACGAUUCAUGGAGGUGGUUCCGAAUGCAACGGAGCGAAUAGAUGGUUCGAUAAAACUAUUCAAUUCAUCGUUAAUCGAGAUGGUCAAGUAGGGCUUACGUACGAACAUAGUCCAGCUGAAGGACAGCCCAUUGCCACGAUGAUGGAUUAUAUCGUGGAUUUUGUUGAUCAACAUUUCGAAGAAGUUGAUACUUCGGCGCUGAGAAAUUUCGCAUUAAAGAACACCAAACUUCAGUUUAAUGUAUCUCCUAAAGUAACCGAAUACAUUCGGAAUGCUGAAAAAAAUCUCGACAGGCUCGUAGAAGAUCUGGAAUUGAACUGUUUCACUUAUAAAGAUUAUGGCAAACGAUUCAUCAAAGAACAAAAACUAAGUCCGGAUAGUUUCAUUCAAAUGGCUCAACAAUUCGCAUUCUAUAGAUUACAUAAAGUUCCUGGAGCCCAUUACGAAUCAGCCUCCACUCGGCGAUUCUUGCAUGGUCGUACUGAGACGAUACGUUCGUGUUCAGUUGAAUCGAUUCGAUUCGCGCAGAAAAUGCUGAAUAGCAAGGCCAGCAGAGAUGAUCGUAUUUUAGCUUUGAAAGACGCUGUUUUAUCUCAUAAAAAUUACACCGUCGAGGCAAUGAAAGGUUUAGGAGUAGAUAGGCAUCUGUUGGGAUUGAAAAUAGCAGCUAAAGAAUUGAACAUCGAGUUACCUCCACUAUUCAAGGAUCCAUCUUAUUCUCGCAGUACUCAUAUGAGAAUCUCAACUAGUCAAGUAGCGUCAAAAUGCGAUGGAUUCAUGUGCUACGGACCUUUGGUAAAUGAUGGUUACGCAUGCUGCUAUAAUCCCAGAGAAGAAGAUAUGAAUUUCGCUAUCUCAGCGUUGAAAUCUAACGAAGAAACUGAUGCCGAUAAAUUUAGAGAAUCUCUUGAGAAUUCAUUGGAUGAUAUGAAAAAUUUAUUGGUAGCUUGAGAAGUCCUCGGAAGACUGAUAUUUUAAUGUGUGAUGCUGACACGUUUGAAAAGUAUUUUUUUUUACGCUGUGUUCUUUGUUUACUUAUUUUUUAAAACCAUAUUUCUCGAGUCAAACAGCGAGAGACUGAUGUAUCUUAUUUAUGUUACUCAUCUAUUGUUUUAUUCAUCAUUCUUAUUAAAAAAUUUAUAGGGUU